GGCUGUCUCCGCUCCAAAUCCUUGAAAAAAACCCUCGUGCGUGGUAUGUAUAUAUAAUGUCUUCUUCUCCUUUCAAAGUUAUGUACAGUCGCUUUCCCAUUGAUUUUCUGUGUAUAAUUGGAGAGAGAGAUCCUUCGAUUUCACUCCAAUUUUGGAUCUACAACCCAAGGAUCUGUCAUCAUUGAGGCUAAGAACACAGAUUUGCAAAAUGGAUUUGAGUUGAUGGAGAAAUUAGAGAUCAUUUGUCCUUAGAAUUGGUUAUGUUUUAAAUAAGUAGAGAGCGAUCCUUAGAAAUUAAGUUGUUAAUGGAUUGUGAUCCUCCUAGAGAUCCAGAUUUUGUUAUUGAUCUUGAGAGUGGUACUGGUGAUCCCAGUUCAGAUGAAAAUUUGCCAAAAACAGAUUUCAGCAGGUUAUCAGAUCAGCUGAUGAGCGUAGAUGAUGAUUUGGAGAACAAUGUGAAGGUGGUAAUUGACUCAAAGGUAGAGGUUGGGAAGAAGAUGGGGAAAGAUAAACGUAAAAAGGGUUCAAGUGCGAAAAAACCACCUAAACCUCCUCGACCUCCAAGAGGCUGCUUUUCUUUGGAUGCUGCUGAUCAGAAGCUCAUCAAAGAGCUUGCUGAACUUGCCAUCAUCAAAAGAGCAAGAAUCGAGCGUAUGAAGGCGCUCAAACACAAGAAAGCUUUAAGGGCUUCAUCAUCAUCAUCAUCUUCAUCAAUGAAUGGUAGCUUGUUUGCCAUGCUCUUUACCAUUAUCUUCUUCCUAAUGAUACUUCUCCAAGGAAUGUCAUGUAGAAAUCCAACUUCUCAGGGUUCACCUAAGACAGCUCAAACAAAUGAGAAUGGUUUAAUAUUUAUACAGGAGCAACUCAAUCCAUCUGCUAGUGAUUCCAUUUUACCAGAUUCUAAAUCUUCAAAUCUACUUGAAAAGAUUUCGGGUUCAGGUUCUGGUAGCGGGAAAAGUACAGUAGAUGAAUAAGCACAGAAUGGCGAUGCCUGCGACAACCACCAUGUCUUAAGUUCGUACCACAUGUAUAGCAAACGACACUUGUUGUACUUAUCCUAAUCGCACUACUAGAUUAGUCUUUUUUUGGAUAUAGGCCACGAGCAAUCGGAGAUUUAGCUGGAUUUGAGUAGCUGAUUUGUUUUCUUUCUUUAAAUUAUUAGUAAAUUAAAUAAUCUGUAUUGUAGUCAACAAUAAUCAAGAUCUGAUUUUCAUGUAAAUUAGUUGGGUUCAAUUUUCUAA